AUGAUCUCACUGCCGCCAUCACCGCCGACGACGGAAUUGCAGAUCUUGAACCGUCGUUACCUCUUUUCAGUUGCAUAUCCGGUGUACCGUGGCCAUCUCCUACCACCAAUGAACAUUCUUCAUCAGAUACAUCUUCGUGUAUCGUCUCCAUUUCCUACCACCGGUGAACAUCUGUCAUUAGAUACAUCUCCAGUCGGCUCCAGAUCUGUGUCGUCUCCAAUUUGUUCCUGCUUCAUGCUCCAAUCACCACAACUGACUCCUUCGGCAGCUUCUGCUUACCGCCGCUUGCUGCCUUAUGGUGUUGUCGGAAAAAUACAACAUCAACAUCUCGUCACUUUGCCUAGCCUCACGGUAACUAUAAUCUGAUUUAGAAGAAAAUAAUGGUUGCGAAGCUGGAAGCUGGUAUAGGUGGUUGGUGGGAGCAUGUGGUGGUGGUAGUAGUAGAGUUUGAAUUUUUGAUUUCUUUGAGUUUGUCAAUUAUUGUAAAUUGGUUUGUAUUAAGUUGUGAAUUUUGUAAAUUAAACUAUAAACGGACUGUAUAAACUUGUAAAUUAUAUAAGUUUUGUGUUCAAAUAUUAGAGCAUAUAAGAAUGAAAAUAUU